CGCUGCCACCUCUCCGGAUACCCUGCCACAGAUGCGCAGCGCGGCCGAGCUCGCUGCCGCCCAGCUGGCCGCGUACAACGCCAAGGACCUCGACGCCUUCUGCGCCUGCUACAGCGACGACGUCGUCGUGCUGAAGCUGCCCAACACGACGCCCGCGCUCGUCGGGAAGGACCAGUUCCGUGCCAACUACGUCGCGACGUUUGCCAACCCCGUGAUCCAAGCGCACGUCCCCACGCGUCUGCCGCUGGGCAAGACUCAGUGCCUCGACCACGAGAUUUGCGUCCGAUCCGCCGACCCGAGCGUGCCGCCCAUGGAGCUCAUGGUUAUGUACGAAGCCAAAGACGACCGCAUCAUCAAGGCCACCUUCUUCUUCCGGAACGACAAUGCGUAGCUCUGCGCACGAGAGACGCUCGUAGCAUUUGCCCGUAGCUGCAGUACGCGAGACGCUGUGCAUCAACCCGACGAGUCGCCCUAGCGUCAACAAGUUGAUAGCAGUGUAUCUCGCCAUUUUUCCGCCACGUCAAGUGUCUUCUUAGCC